GCCGCGCCCCGCUCCGCUCGCCGCCUCUCUCUACCUCCUUCCCUCCCUUUCUCUCUUUUCUCCCCUUCCUUCCCUUUUCCCCUCCGCCGCGGACAUGCCGCGCGUCUACAUCGGCCGCCUGAGCUACCACGUCCGGGAGAAGGACAUCCAGCGCUUUUUCAGUGGCUAUGGGCGCCUGCUCGAGGUCGACCUCAAAAACGGUUACGGCUUCGUGGAGUUCGAGGACUCCCGAGACGCCGAUGAUGCCGUUUAUGAGCUGAACGGCAAGGAUCUGUGCGGGGAACGCGUGAUCGUGGAGCACGCCCGCGGCCCCCGCCGCGACAGGGACGGGUAUAGCUACAGUAGUCGCAGUGGGGGUGGUGGCGGAUAUAGCAGUCGGAGACAAUCUGGAAGAGAUAAAUACGGACCGCCUGUUCGUACAGAAUACAGACUGAUUGUUGAAAACCUUUCCAGUCGCUGUAGUUGGCAGGAUUUGAAAGAUUUCAUGAGGCAAGCUGGUGAGGUAACCUAUGCAGAUGCUCACAAAGAGCGUACAAAUGAAGGAGUGAUUGAGUUCCGAUCCUACUCUGACAUGAAGCGUGCUCUGGACAAACUGGAUGGCACAGAGAUAAAUGGGAGGAAGAUCAGGCUGGUUGAAGACAAGCCACGGUCAAGCCAUAGGCGAUCAUACUCUGGCAGCAGGUCAAGGUCACGUUCUAGACGACGGUCUAGAAGCAGAAGUCGCAGAAGUAGGAGCAGCCGCAGCAGGUCCCGUAGUGUCUCCAAAAGCCGUUCUCGCUCUAAAUCCAGGUCACGAAGCAAAGACCGCUCACGUUCCAGAUCUAAAAGCAGGAAGUCUAGAUCAAAGAGCAAAUCAAAACCCAAGUCUGACAGGGGUUCACGCUCUCACAGCAGAUCCAAGGAGAAGUCUGAGAAGUCUCGAUCCAGAUCCAGGUCCAGGUCUCGAUCUCCCAAAGAAAAUGGUAAAGGAGAUGCUAAGUCUAAGUCCAGGUCAAGGAGUAGGUCUCGUUCCAAUUCUCCGCAGCAGCAGCCAUCUGCCAAGGCUCGUUCAGAGUCACCACCCAAAAGAGCUGCAUCGAGGUCCCGCUCCAGAUCUCGUUCAAAAUCUCGCUCACGAUCAAGAUCUAGUUCAAGAGAUUAAGACUAGAACUCUCCUCUUACAUUGCACACUAUUAUGGAACACUUUCCUACUUGUCAGGCCAUUAGUGUUAUGUUAGUACUUGAGAGGUUGGGAUUUUUUUUUCUCUUGCAGGAGCAAAUGGCCUAAGAACUAAGUUGAGGCAUAAAGGUUUAAUUUGUAUCCCAGAUUGGAAAUUAAGAGCUCGGAUGGUGGUAUAAAGCACUAAAACUCCCCCUUUUGUAGAAAUUCAGCUAAAACUUUGAUUUUAUAGCAUUUCCACAGGAGUAACUUAACUACUCUUAAAUGUAGAGUGGUUUUUUAUAAAGAAAAAUAAACUGAAUAUAAACAGGCUUAAAUCUGGGCUUUUUUUAAACUAUCAUUAUUUUUUCUUUUUUUUUUUUCCUUGCUUCAUGGUCUUAGAACUAUGGAUAUCAUUAGCUUAUAGGUUCCAGCUUGCUGCCAAGGGCAGGAUUGCCUUGCUGGUCAGCUCAGAGAAUUCUGUUUCAGCUUAAGUUGUGGAAGCAGGCUGCAAACUACAUAAACCGGUAACAAUACUGGGAAGAUUUUAGAUGAGCAAUAAACCCAAGUUGGAGUGUGUUGUAUCUUAACUUGCCAAAAGAACAUUCCCCCACCCCAAUACUGUGACUGUAUUAAAGGUAAUAAAGGUACUCUGGAACCUGUAUCAUACAGUAUUGCUGAACCCCCCUGUGUUUCCUACUUGAAAGAAGGAAAGCUUUCUGACUUUUUUUUUUUCCCCUUGAGUGUCAGUGUCACUGUUGUCAGACACUCAUGUGUCUCUUGGAUGUAGUCCAAGUCACUAGUAUGUCAUAUGGUUUGUCAGCCUCUAAAUAACUAUUGGAUAUGAAAACUAGCUAAAAUAACACUGUCUUCCCUCCUUUUUGACUCAUUUAUGUUAACGUUUUUUGCUUCAGAUGAGAACUAUAAUCCUAUUGUGUGUAAGUCUGAACUUUUAUGGGAAAUGUAGUCUUUGAGCUAGAGUUCUAGUCUUAACAAAGGCUUUGCUGAACCACAGUUGCCAACUCAAAUUGUGGAAUAGGACUCAUCAAAAAAAUCCCCUUUCUAGCUAAAUUGAUUUUUGUAACAUGCAAUAGCGAACAUUAGAACUGCCUUGUACUCUUUAUACAACGUGUAGUUUGACUUGUAUAAAAUUAAAUCGGUGACUCAAA